CAUCAUGAUGUUGCUGUUGGGAGCAGCGUUAACUGCUUUACCUCUAUGUUUAGUUUUCAUAAUUCGCCUGUAUAUUGUUCUGAAGACGGGACCUAACCACAAGCCUGGAGCCAAAGGUCCGGUCGCUGUUCUCGUAGUUGCAGGAUCAGGUGGUCAUACCACAGAGAUCCUACGCCUUCUGGAGUAUAUGUCAGCAGCCUACACACCUCGACACUAUGUCAUUGCUGACACAGACAGAAUGAGCGAGGAGAAAAUUUGCACCUUUGAAAAGUUUAAACAACAGUCAGAUUCUAAGUCACAGUUCACCAUCUGUCGGAUCCCACGGAGCCGGGAGGUGCAUCAGUCAUGGAGCUCCUCUGUUGUCAGUACCUUGAAUGCGCUGUGGUAUUCCCUCCCUUUGGUGUUUAGAAUCAGACCUGACAUGGUGCUGUGUAAUGGCCCGGGAACAUGCAUUCCCCUUUGUGUGGCAGGACUCCUGCUUGGAAUUCUGGGAAUGAAGAAAGUCCUAAUAGUUUAUGUUGAAAGCAUUUGCCGUGUCCAGACACUGUCACUCACGGGGAAGAUCCUGUAUCCGUUAUCAGACUACUUCUUUGUGCAGUGGUCAUCUCUGAGGGACAAAUACCCCAAAUCAAUUUUCCUUGGAAGAAUAGUGUAAAAGGAUCUGAUUCAAUGUUACAUACACAAACAUAAGAUCAUUCAUGUUGUUAUUUUGUGAUUGAAUAAAUGUUUUUGUUCUUGUUA